CUGCAAGACCCGGAAGUGGUGAAGAAACUCCGUGGAAGCUCGCGAGUCUGAGUUGUAAGUGGUCGCUUUUCCGCGUAAGUUGUUUCUGCUGCUGCUGCCUCUGCAAUGGGGAAACGACAGCACCAGAAGGACAAGAUGUACAUUACCUGUGCUGAAUAUACUCACUUUUAUGGUGGCAAGAAGCCAGAUAUCCCACAAACAAAUUUUCGUCGUUUACCUUUUGAUCACUGCAGUCUUUCUCUGCAGCCCUUUGUCUACCCAGUCUGCACCCCAGAAGGUGUCGUCUUUGACUUGCUGAAUAUUGUUCCAUGGCUUAAGAAGUAUGGGACUAACCCCAGCAAUGGAGAGAAACUUGAUGGCAGGUCCCUGAUCAAGCUGAACUUUGCCAAGAACAGUGAAGAGAAGUAUCACUGCCCGGUGCUGUUCACUGUAUUCACCAAUAACACCCACAUUGUGGCCAUCAGGACGACUGGCAAUGUCUAUGCCUAUGAGGCAGUGGAGCAGCUAAACAUCAAGGCCAAGAACUUUCGGGACCUGCUGACCGAUGAACCCUUCUCUCGGCAGGACAUCAUCACCCUCCAGGACCCCACCAAUUUGGACAAGUUCAAUGUCUCCAACUUCUUUCAUGUUAAGAAUAACAUGAAAAUAACAGACCCAGAUGAGGAGAAGGCCAAACAGGACCCAUCUUAUUAUUUGAAAAACACAAAUACUGAGACCCGAGAGACACUCCAGGAGCUAUACAAGGAGUUCAAAGGGGAUGAAAUCUUGGCAGCCACCAUGAAGGCCCCUGAGAAGAAGAAAGUGGACCAGCUAAAUGCUGCCCACUAUUCCACGGGAAAGGUCAGCGCUUCCUUCACCUCCACUGCCAUGGUGCCAGAGACUACACAUGAAGCAGCUGCCAUUGAUGAAGAUGUGCUGCGCUACCAGUUUGUGAAGAAGAAGGGCUAUGUGCGGUUGCACACCAACAAAGGUGAUCUUAAUCUGGAAUUGCACUGUGACCUGACACCAAAAACCUGUGAAAACUUCAUCAAGCUCUGCAAGAAAUGCUAUUAUGACGGCACCAUCUUUCACAGGUCCAUCAGGAACUUCGUGAUCCAAGGGGGAGACCCUACAGGCACAGGCACAGGGGGCGAGUCGUACUGGGGAAAGCCCUUCAGAGAUGAGUUCCGGCCCAACCUCUCUCACACAGGCCGAGGCAUACUCAGCAUGGCCAACUCAGGGCCAAACACCAACAAGUCUCAGUUCUUUAUCACAUUCCGUUCCUGUGCUUACCUGGACAAGAAGCACACCAUCUUUGGAAGGGUUGUUGGGGGCUUUGACACACUGACAGCCAUGGAGAAUGUGGAGAGUGACCCCAAAACCGACCGCCCUAAGGAGGAGGUCCGCAUUGAUGCUACCACAGUAUUUGUAGACCCCUAUGAGGAGGCAGAUGCCCAGAUUGCACAGGAGCGGAAGAAGACACAGCUUGAAGUGGCCCCAGAGGCCAAGGUGAAGUCCAGCCAGCCUCAGCCUGGGAGCCAGGGCCCCCAGACAUACCGCCAGGGGGUUGGCAAGUACAUCAAUCCAGCUGCCACGAAACGAGCGGCUGAGGAAGAACCAUCAACCAGUACAGCUGCCCCCAUAUCCAAGAAAAAGCCCAGCCAAGGUUUUGGGGACUUCAGCUCCUGGUAGCAGCAGGCUGAUCACUCUGGAUCCUGCUUGCAACCAGGCAGUGACACAGAAGCAGGACUCCAGCAACUCUUAAGACCCCAAAACAGCCCUUUGUUCCAGGUGGGCUCUUCAGGAAACUGGGGCUCAUCCCUCCUCAUUAAGACAGAGCACCAUGUAACAAGAAGUCUGACAUCAGAAGCUUUAUUUAUAAACCUCACACGAACACAGGACCAAGGACCAGUGGCAUGGCUGGGGGUAGGGGAAACUGAAGGCAGUGUGUGCACUUGAGCUUGAUCAUCCUGCUCCUUGAGGUGAAGCUUCCUGCUGCCUCCAGCUGCCGUCCAUCUGUCCAUUCAGCCUUAUCCAAUGAUCUGCACCUGCCCCAAGGGGAGGGCCACAUCCUCACCCACACUUGCCCUCCAGGGCAGAAGACAGGCCCAACCAAGUCCUUUGACAGGAGGCUUAUAUUUCUGUAGUUCGUUUUAGAGCUUAAAUUGUGUCCUUCUAGAUAUUAAACCACUUGGAUUUUGUAAUUGCCUGAUGAGACCAUCAGGUUGAAUAAAUGACUUUUGGAAAAAAAA